AUGAUUAUUCAUCGUUGUUUCAUUUAUGGUCGUCCAUUGACAGCUGUUGAACAAAGCAUACAAGCUUGUAUUAAUCAGGAUAUUAAAAGACAACCAGUAAUUAUCGACACAGACACAGACGUAGAUGACUUAUGGGCAAUUCAUUAUAUUCUUAAUGUACCAACUGUUGAUGUACUUGCAAUAACAACUGCCGGCAAUGGAUACAGUUCACCUUUUUAUUCGGGAUCGAAUGCUCUUACUUUUCUUGAUUUGAUUGGUUGUUCAAAUGGUGUUGGAGUCGGUUAUGGAGUGAAUGAUCCAUUACUGUCAUCUGGCUAUGUAAUUCCACAAUCAUUAUUGGAUUCAAUCAACUCAUAUAUGACUGCUCCGACUUGUCUGAAUCAGUCUUCUAAUAUAUUUCUUCAACCAUCACCAUUCGGUGGGAUUGAAUUGAUAAAACUAAUGUUGAAAUAUUCAAAAGUACCAGUUGAUAUUUUGGCUCUUGGACCUAUGACAAAUAUUGCUACAGCUAUUAGCGAAGAUCGAUCAAUUGUAUCGAAAAUAGGUACAAUUUAUUUUUCGGGUCAGUGGUCAAUUCAAACCAAUAAAUUUAUAUCCUUCUCUCGUACCGAAUAA